GAACGUAAUUUAAAUUGCAAUUGCAAUUCAUGCCACGGCAAAUACUUGAGUAUUAUCUCUAGGUGGCAAUGGCUCACACUUAAGUCGAGCUUCAAACAAAGGCAGAAUGUUGCAUCUGAGGCUAUUCGAUAGCUCGCUUUAUUAUACAUUGGCAUCUGUAUCGUCGGGCAUGCUGCCAUCUCCGCAAGCGUCCAAUGCCAGCCAGUUGACGUUCAGUGGCACAGCAGCUCCAUUGCCAGUGGAGGCUGCAGUUAAUCUGACAUAUUUCACACCUGCGGUUUCACACGUGAUGUUGGCGCCAACGCCAACGACCGCAAGCUCAGUCCAGACGACAGCGGCGACAAUGACAACAACAACAGUAGCAACAGCAACAACAGCGACGGCUACAACAACAUCCACAGGUAGCGACUUCCAGACGGCAACUGUGGGCAACAACUUAACAGCGCCACAUGCGGGCGAAUUGGACAACUUGAACUCGUUCUACUUUUAUGAGACGGAACAAUUUGCUGUGUUGUGGAUACUUUUCACUAUUAUUGUGCUAGGCAAUUCGGCGGUGUUGUUUGUCAUGUUCAUCAAUAAGAACCGCAAGUCGCGAAUGAACUACUUCAUCAAACAACUGGCGCUGGCAGAUCUGUGCGUGGGAUUGCUCAACGUGCUGACGGAUAUUAUUUGGCGCAUUACAAUAUCGUGGCGGGCUGGGAAUCUGGCCUGCAAGGUCAUUAGGUUCUCACAGGUGUGCGUGACGUACUCCUCCACCUAUGUGCUGGUGGCCAUGAGCAUUGACAGAUACGAUGCAAUAACGCAUCCAAUGAACUUCUCAAAGUCGUGGAAACGGGCUCGUCAUUUGGUGGCUGGAGCCUGGAUUCUCUCCGCGCUCUUCUCGUUGCCAAUAUUGGUGCUCUAUGAGGAGAAGCUCAUACAGGGCCAUCCGCAGUGCUGGAUUGAGUUGGGCUCGCCCAUGGCCUGGCAGAUUUAUAUGAGUCUCGUGUCCGCCACUUUGUUUGCAGUCCCAGCUCUAAUUAUAUCCGCCUGCUACGCAAUUAUUGUAAAAACAAUAUGGGCCAAGGGCUCUAUAUUUGUGCCCACAGGUUUCGGUGCUGCUGCAACGCGACGUGCCAGCUCCAGGGGAAUAAUACCUCGUGCCAAGGUCAAAACGGUCAAGAUGACACUGACGAUUGUGUUUGUGUUUAUCAUAUGUUGGUCACCCUAUAUCAUAUUUGAUCUGCUGCAAGUCUUUGGCCAGAUACCGCACUCUCAGACUAACAUUGCCAUAGCCACAUUCAUACAGAGUCUUGCACCACUAAACUCGGCAGCAAAUCCACUUAUAUACUGUCUGUUCUCCUCGCAAGUCUUUCGCACACUCAGCCGAUUUCCGCCCUUCAAGUGGUUCACCUGCUGCUGCAAGUCCUAUCGCAACAACUCACAGCAGAACCGCUGUCAUACAGUGGGUCGACGUCUGCACAAUAGCUGCGAUUCCAUGCGCACACUGACCACAUCCCUGACAGUGUCACGUCGCUCCACGAAUAAGACAAAUGCCCGGGUGAUCAUCUGCGAGCGGCCCACAAAGGUGAUUACAGUUCCGGCCAUGUCAGAGGUAUGAUAGCUGGCGCAUACGACCCGUAAACGUUCAUCGUUUGCCAUCCAUGGUCCGACAUCUUUUAGCGAUGCGGAGUUCCUCUAAAUAAAUCGCUGAAGUGAUGCGAGGCUUAGACAAUAAGUGCGAUAUUUGUGUGUAUGCAAAGCGGAAACUCAAUUCGAAUAUAUGUAGAUAUGCUACGAAUUUCAAUGCAAGUACAAGUA